UUUGUAUAUAAAUUUUUAUCCUGAUAAUCGAAACUUACAUACAGCUGGUAGGAGAGAAUCCUCUGAUGGCAGGUGGGCAAAUAUGUAGGGCAUAGAUGAGUGUUUUUGCUUAAAAUAGGUCUUGCCUUAGUUCUAAUGCUGAAAAGUAGAGGUGCAACUGAUCUUAAAUCAGGGACUGGAUCUUCUAGAUACAGAGUAAUGACGCUCUCAAAGUAUUUGAGAAUAAUAGAGGUGGUACCAAGAAAUUUUGGAAAAUGCAGAGAUCCCGCAAAUCGGGCUCAGUGUCUUGAGUGGAGAAAGCUUCAAUCGAUCCUUACAAAAAUCUUCUAAGCUCUAAACCAGCAGCUUCAUCUUGUCUUCUUCUUUUAUUUUCAAUUAUUC